GGCACUGUACUUCCUGAUUAAUGUCAGCGAGGAGACUCAGUGGUGCUCAGUGGAUAGCAGUUAAGCAUCAAAUCCCAGCUGAGAAAAUAGUUCCAUUAUCUCCCAGCUGCAUAGACAACCCAUAAGGGCCUGUUCUGCUUGGUUGAUCGGUGCGGUGAAAGCAGUGACUCGCUGAGAGAGUGAUCGUCUGCUUGUUUUGCUCUGAAUUGGAGGAGAAAACUGAUGUAUUUUUAUUAAAGGCCGAAAAAGGUACGAAAAAGGAUUCCAUGCACUUGUGAUUGGAUGUGAGCCUAUUUUGACCCCAGAAACCAAAAAUGAUGUUGCUAUGGAAACUGCUGCUACUGCAAUCAUUCACAGGAAGCCUUGCAGAUAGUGGUGCCCUGAAUGGACCAGCAUUUACACAGCAGCCAAGCAGCAUUGUUUUCUCAGUAGAUUCCUUGGGGAACAGGGAGGCAGUUUUCAAUUGUGAAGCUGAAGGCAACCCGCCACCUUUAUACAGGUGGAAGUUAAAUGGCACCUCCAUUGACCCCAAAUUGGAUUCCCGCUAUAGUUUCUUUGGAGGAAACCUGCGAAUUACUCACCUGAAUAAAGUUAAAGAUGCGGGAACAUACCAGUGCAUAGCAUCCAAUGCAUUUGGAACUAUAAUCAGCAGAGAAGCCACUUUGCAAUUUGCAUACUUGGAACCCUUCAAGCUGCAGACCAGAAGUACUGUUUCAGUUCGUGAAGGUCAAGGUGUAGUGCUGCUGUGUGGACCACCAGCCCAUUCUGGAGAACUGACAUACUCCUGGAUUUUCAAUGAAUACCCGUCAUUUGUGCAGCAGGAUACUCGCCGCUUUGUUUCACAGAAGACUGGAAACUUGUACAUUGCUAAAGUGGAGCCCUCAGAUGUGGGCAAUUAUACCUGUGUGGUGACAAACUCCGUCACAAACAGCAAAGUGCAAGGCCCACCCACCCCUCUGGUGCUUCGAACCGAUGGAGUAAUGGGCGAAUAUGAGCCAAAGAUAGAGGUUCAGUUUCCAGAGAUUGUUCCUGCUGCCAGAGGAUCAACUGUGAAAUUGGAAUGUUUUGCACUGGGAAACCCAGUUCCAACCAUUAGCUGGAGAAGAGCUGACGGAAUCCCUCUUUCCAGAAGGGUGGAAUUAAACAAAUCAAGCGGAGUCUUGGAAAUCCCAUAUUUUCAGCAGGAGGAUGCGGGUUUAUACGAGUGUGUUGCAGAGAACUCCAGAGGAAAGAAUGUUGCCAAAGGGAAGCUGACAUUCUAUGCCCCCCCUCAACUGAUUGAAAAACUUCAUGAUGUGCACAAGCCUAUCGAUGAUAACUUGGUCUGGGAAUGCAAAGCAAGUGGAAAACCAAAGCCUUCCUACAGAUGGCUGAAGAAUGGAGAGUCCUUGGAAUCAUUAGAGGAAAGAAUACAAGUGGUGAAUGGCAUCCUAACCAUCACUGGCCUGGCUUUGACUGAUUCUGGGAUGUACCAGUGCAUAGCUGAAAAUAAGCAUGGAGAGAAACAUACCAGUGCUGAACUCAGAGUGAUGGCAAUAGCACCAGAUUUUUCACAGAAUCUCUUGAAAAAACAAACUCUGGUUAGAGAGGGAGGAGAAGUUGUCAUUGAGUGCAAACCCACAAUGUCUCCCAGAGGAAUGAUCACAUGGAGGAAAGGGAACGAAGCACUUCAAGAAAAUGAGCGAAUUUCUGUUUUGGAAGAUGGAAGUCUUUGGAUAUCAAAUGUGACAAAAUCAGACAGUGGCAGCUACACAUGUAUUGCAAGAAACAGAUUUGGGGAAGCAGGCAGUACUGGAAGCCUUUCGGUAAAAGAUCCAACUGUUAUUACUGUACCUCCUUCUAGUAUGGAUGUUACAGUUGGAGAAAGCAUAGUUCUUCAGUGCCAGGUGUUGCAUGAUCCAUCUCUUGAUAUUAAAUUCACAUGGUUCUUCAAUGGGCAGCCCAUUAAUUUUGGAAGCCAUAGAGGUUACUUUGAAAAAGUUGGUGGUCAGCACUCUGCAGGAGAUAUUAUGAUUCGAAAUGUACAGCUGAGGGAUUCUGGGAAAUAUACCUGCGUGGUGCAGACAAAUGUUGACAGCAUUUCUGCUGGGGCUGAUCUUAUUGUCAGAGGUCCACCGGGUCCACCAGAAAGCAUAAGAGUAGAAGAAAUCACUGAUACGACAGCUGUGCUUUCCUGGAGGCCAGGCCCUGAUAAUCACAGUCCAAUUACCAUUUAUACCAUCCAGGCAAGAACUCCAUUCUCUGUGGGCUGGCAGGCUGUCACAACAGUUCCUGAAGUCAUAGGAGGCAGACAAUUGAAGGCCACAGUGGUAGACCUAAACCCAUGGGUUGAGUAUGAGUUCCGGGUGGUAGCCAGCAAUGCUGUUGGGAUUGGGGAACCAAGUAAACCUUCAAGAAAAGCAAGGAGUAAGGAGACCCUUCCGAAGGUCACCCCGUCUAAUGUAAGUGGAGGUGGCGGCAGUCGCUCUGAAUUAGUGAUCACUUGGGAGCCUGUUCCCGAUGAGUUGCAGAAUGGGAGAGAGUUCGGCUACGUUGUUGCCUUCAGACCACUAGGAGCUACAAGCUGGAUGAAAGCAGUAGUGCCUUCUGCUGACGCCUCAAAAUAUGUUUUCAAAGAUGAAAGCAUGCCACCAUUAUCACCUUUUGAAGUUAAAGUGGGAGUUUACAAUAGCAAAGGAGAAGGUCCCUUUGGAUCCACAACCACCAUAUUCUCUGCAGAAGAAGAGCCUGGCAGAGCACCAAACAAAGUGAGAGCGAAGAGCCUGUCUGCUUAUGAAAUUGAAGUUUCCUGGAAACCUAUCCCCUGGAACACAAACAGAAGAAGAGUUUUGGGAUAUGAGCUGAGAUGCUGGGCAAGCAAAGAAAAGGAGGAGACAGCAAGGGUUGUGAGGACACAGGGAAACAGAACAUCUGAGGUUAUCCGUGGAUUGAAAGGAAACACUCUGUAUUACAUUACUGUGCAAGCUUACAGCACAGCAGGAGUGGGACCAAGCAGCAAUAUUGUGAAUGUCACCACCAGAAAACCACCACCUAGUCAACCACCUUUGAAAGUUAUGUGGAUUACAUUAAACUCCAAAGUCAUAUUAAACUGGGAACAUGUUAAAGCUCUAGAGAAUGAAUCAGAAGUCACAGGAUAUAAGGUGCUAUACAAAUGCAACAAACAAAGCAGCACCAAUGUUGUAGAAACUAAUACAACAUCAGUGGAACUUUCCUUGCCUAUUGAUGAAGAGUAUAUCAUACAAAUAAAGCCUUUUAGUGAUGGAGGUGAAGGGAGGAGCAGUAAACAGAUAACUAUUCCCAGAAUAUCAGGUCCAAAAGCCAUUGGUUCAGCUUCCAAAGUCUCCACUUUAUCAGCACUAAGUACAAUAGCACUCUCCUUCACAGCGAGAUCAACAUUAUGACAAAAAUAUACAGUGGACUUUGCAUUUAAUGAGGAGGUGGCAUUAUAAAGACUCAUAAAUGUACUUAAACUACCAACUAAUCUUGCUGAUCUACAUAGGUCCUAUGUUUAGACUUCAAACAAAGUACCACAAAACUGAAAAACCUUCAAAUUUAAUCUUGAGUUUCCUUGCAGAACCUGAAAUGCACUGAAACAUCUUUAAUAUGUUCUUACCAAAGCAGCUUUCAUAAAAUGUUCUUAUAUGCAUAUUUUGUAUGACUUAUUUAGCUUUUUAUAGAUUUAAUUAAAUAAAUUGAGAGGGAGGUUUCCUUUUUCACUCUCUUAGAGCAGCUGUUGUGUAAGCAGCAAACAGCUGUCCAGUGUAAGUAAGGAUAACUUUCUCUGUAUAGUAAGUGCUUAGAAGUUUGAUUGUUACUCAUUGAAUACCCAAAGCUGCCUGUCACUGUUUUUGGAAAUGCCAUGAUCCACCUAUUACAGUGUUUUACAGUGUGCAAGAAAAGUACAUUAACUAUUCCAGUGUCACCAACAGGUGGCUAGAUAUAGUUGAAAUGACCUUCCAUAAAAAGCCCCAUUGCAAAACUAUGUAGGUAUUAUAUUCAAGUGCAGAUCAAUGAGAAUCUCUGCCUGUGCUGAAAGGAUGCCUUGUCUUCAGAUGCCUAAAACGCUUUCAUAAUUUCUAAAGACUUUAAAAAUAGUCUUGCAUUGUACUCUGAGUGUUUUCUACUGGGUAGAUGAAAGUUGACUAUGGUAUAUUGAUAGCUACCAUUAUGUGUGGUAGCUGUGCAUGUGAGUUGAGUAUUUCAUUGAAGUUUGACUAUGUUUGCAAAAUUAAAAGGAGCUAACACAUUGCAAUUAUGGCAUUGACUAUAAGAAGCAUGAACAUUGACUAAUUUAAGAUUUUCCCACUUUAUUUCAUCUAUCUAUAUACUGUAUGAAGAUGUCUUCAGAGGAGAAAAAUGUUUUUUUCCCAUUGUGCUAUUUCUUCUUUACAAGUCAAAAGUGUUUACUGUACACAAGGAAAAAAAUGUACUUCAUCAGUUUAAUUUAUUUCAAGUUCCAAGACUCUACAUCUUUAACCUGUUCUUGGGUAGCUCCAAAAAGAAAAAUAGCUCUUUCACUGAUCAUUUGUAAAGCAAAUGAAAUGCAUUCAUUUUUCCUAAUGGUGAAAGGAAAGAAUAUUUUACUCUUCUCUGCACUUCCAUUUUCUUCAAUUUCAUUAAGCAUUGCGAUACAUUUAUCAAAAACUGCCAUGUUCAAAGCCAAGCUGCCUGUUUGAAUGUUUUCUUAAUACAAGUGAUGUGGUGAUCCCAUUGUUUUUGCUUUUUUUUUCUCUUGAAGCUGGUGGAAUCUGUUUAAAACCAGGCCCUACAUGGUGUUUAGGUUCUUUCUUUGCCACAUUUGUAUACUGAAACUGGUCUCCUCAGGAUCUUUUAGAGCCUUAACUUGCACAAAAAGAAAAAUGCAUCAUUAUUAUUAUAUUGUUUUUAUGUUUUUGAAACUACAGCAAGUUAAAGAACAUGGGAUGUUCGCGAAGGUUGACUGGCAUUAUUUAUUGGCACAAUUACACUGUGGAUGAACUGUACAGGUCAGCAUUAACGUAUUGUGUAGACUAUUUACACUAGACUUACAGAGCUGAGGUUCGGUGGUGAGUCAUGUAUAAGUAUAAAACAACACCAUAUAUUUUACAUCUGAUAACAUUAUGGGUCUUCUACCUGCAGAAUUCAAAGAUAAUAAAAUGCUGCUGGGUUUCUCUUUCUUUCCAAUUUGUUGUAUGAUGAAGUAUGAGACUGGUACAGUAUGUACAGUAACUUGUUUUUUGGUGAAGUACAGGUAGUGUUUAGCACCCAAAGCAACACAAUUUAGGGUAUAAUAACUGUUAGAAAACAUAUAUAAAUAUGAUAUAUAUGUUGAGGUCUAGGAAAAUGUGUAAUGUACCUUUUGUAUUCUUCAGAUAAUGAAUAUAGAAAGAACUUUAUAUUAAAAGGAAAACUUUCUUAUAGUCUAAUUUCUUGUGUUUAUAUGUAAAAACGCAUUUCUUUUUUAAAUGUUUCAUACUGUAACUAAAUGUUAUUCCGCAUGGAAGUAUCAGCUUUUCUUUCUUCCAUUUUGUUGAUCAACUGAAAGCUGAGGUUUCUACAUUUGAAUUCAGGUGGCAGGGUAGAAUUGGGAAAAUAUUGUUAGAUUCUGACUUUUUUGUCCUGCAGGCUAAGGCCAAAACUGCCUUCCACUCUUUAUUAAGUAUCUUGGAAAGUACCCUUGCUCUCUUCUAGUUGCGUAUUGGAACUUUUACUAUCAAAGGUCUAAUUAAUGUAUUUUUUUUAAUCUUCUAAUAAUUGAGUUACUGAAUAAAUAUCAAUCAUUUCUAA